AGUUAUUUGUUAUAUUGGUGCAACCCUAUCAAAGUUGAAUUAUCAAAUCGUUUGUUUGUAAUGUGCUAAAUUCGAAAAAGUCCUUCUUUUAUUCAAAUACGAUGAUUUUACGAAAUAUAAAUACCACAGUGAAAACUUUUAGAUUAUAUCCACGGUUUAUAUGUAGUUCCACUCGAAUCUAUUUAACAGAAAAUUUAUCUGUAGCAACAUAUAAACCCGAAAACGUAGAGAAAGAUAAAUAUAAAAAAUGGGAACAAAAAGAUUUAUUUAAAGCUGAAAUUCCUAGCGACAAACCUCCAUUCAGUAUGAUUCUUCCACCUCCAAACGUAACGGGAAAAUUACAUCUAGGUCAUGCUUUAGCCUGUACAAUUCAAGAUGUUAUUGUAAGAAGAAACAGAUCUAUGGGAUUUAAUGUUCUAUGGUUGCCUGGUACAGACCAUGCAGGAAUCGCAACACAGGUUUGUUUUUGUUGUGGUGUUGUAGAAAAAUAUCUUCAAACUAAGAAAAAUCUUAACCGCAUAGAAAUCGGACGUGAGAAAUUCAUCAAUGAAGUUUGGAAAUGGAAAGAGACACAUGGUAACACCAUUUGUGAACAACUAAAGAUGUUAGGUUGUUCGUUAGAUUGGUCAAGGCAAGUGUUUACCAUGGACCCAAAGCACACACAUGCUGUGAACACAGCGUUCAUUAAGCUAUUUGAAAAUGGCCUUAUAUACAGAAAAAAAGCUUUGGUCAAUUGGUGCAAUAAAUUGAAAUCCACAGUGUCUGAUAUUGAAGUGGAAAAUUUGACUUUAAACGGACCAACUGAAAUUGCAGUAUAUGGCUAUGAUAAAACUGUUAAGUUUGGUCAAUUAUACAGUUUUGCUUAUAAAAUAUUUGAUAGUAAUGAAGAAGUAGUUGUUUCCACAACAAUGCCGGAAACUAUGCUGGGUGAUACUGCCAUAGCUGUGAAUCCACAAGAUGAAAGGUAUAAACAUCUUAUAGGUAAACGGGCUAUACAUCCAUUUAGAAACACAACAAUACCUGUUAUAGCUGAUGAUUUUGUCGAUAUGAAAUUUGGUACAGGGGCUGUUAAAAUAACACCUGCUCAUAGUAAAGUUGACUAUACUAUCGCUAAAAAGCAUCACUUGCCGUUACUACAAGUGAUAGGAGAGAAUGGGCUCACACUAAAUACAGGAAAGUAUGAUAACAUUAAAAAAUAUAAUUGCCGAGAUAUAAUCGUUCGAGAUUUAGAAAGACAUGGUCUUUUUAAAAGCGUCGUACCUCACGAAAUGACUUUGCCUGUGUGCAGUCGAACUGGCGACGUUAUUGAAUACUUACCAAAAGAACAAUGGUUUUUGUCUUGCAGCCAAAUGAAUCGUAAAGCGUCAGAACUUGUGAAAUCGGGACAUUUAAAAAUAGAACCAGAAAAAUUUAUCAAGAACUGGGAAAACUGGACGAAUGACGAUAGAGAUUGGUGUAUAUCGCGACAGUUAUGGUGGGGACAUAGAAUACCAGCUUAUAAGUGUACCGCCGAACAGAAUCUUAUUUGGGUCGCGGCAAAAGACGCGGAGUCUGCGAAGUUGAAAGCAUCGAAAUAUCUGAGAACUUUUCCUGAUGAUAUCAAUGUGGAACGAGACACAGAUGUUUUGGAUACAUGGUUUUCUUCAGGGAUAUAUCCGUUUGCGGCUUUAGGUUGGCCUGACCAUUAUUACAACGAAGACUACAAGGAAUUUUAUCCCCUCGAUUUAAUGGCGACAGGUCACGACAUUCUCGGUUUUUGGGUUCAUAGAAUGGUAAUACUUGGGACGGAGUUGACAGGAAAAGUUCCUUUUAACAAAGUUUUACUGCACGGGAUAAUUUGUGAUAGUAAAGGAAGAAAAAUGUCUAAAAGCAGGGGCAACGUGAUCGAUCCAAUUGAUGUGAUAAACGGUAUUUCGAUGGUAAAGCUCAAAGAAAAGACUGAAGAGCUGCACAAGGUUGGGGUUUUGAGCAAAGAUGAACUGAACAAAGCUCUUGCGUACCACAAAUCAAACUUUGGUCACACAAAAGGUAUACCUCAAUGUGGAGUGGAUGCAUUAAGAUUCACUCUUCUGUCUCAAGAUAUAAAAUCGCAUUUUGUUAAUUUCGAUAUAGACAUGUGUCACGCAAAUAAACUUUUCUGCAAUAAGAUAUGGCAGAGCAUCAAAUAUACUCAAUUAUCCUUUACUAAAUUGAAAACCAUUGAUGAUAUUAUUACAAUAGAUGAUCUAACAUAUUUUGACAGAUGGAUACUCAGUAGACUAGCUAAUAUGGUGGUAAAAUUCAAUAAAGCAAUGGAUUCGUACGACUUCCAUUUAGCUACGAAAGCCAUCAGAAGUUUGAUCUACAAUGAGUUUUGUGAUGUAUAUUUAGAGUCUACGAAAUCUGGUUUCGAGAGCGAAAAUACGAAAUUAGCUUAUGCACACGCGCACACACUUUCAGCGGUUUUAAACACAUCUCUCAGAUGUUUAUCGCCAUUCAUGAUAUAUUUGACAGACGAAGUUAUAUCGAAAAUUCCAAAAUUUGAGAGAAACAUAAUAAUAGAUUUUGAUGAUAAGAAGAAAUCUUUCUUUGAUCUUCCUAAGACUGAAGACUUUGAAAUUUGGAAAGAUGACGAUGUAGAAUCGAAAGUUGGAAAAUUGUUAAGAGUUGUCAAUCUAGUCAGAGAAUUAAAAGGAUUAUAUAGUUUAUCUAACAAAAUUAAACCGUCAAUACAAGUAGCUACUGACGACGAAACGCUUAGAAAAGAUUUAAAAUGUAAUGAAGAUAUUGUUUUGAAUUUAACCAAGUGUAAUUUAUUAACUUUUGACAGAAAUGAUUCGAAAGAUUAUGUGACCGGUAUUUUAGAUAAGGAUACUAAGGUAAAUGUUGAAAUCAUUGGAAAGGCUAUGGAGAGCACAGUCUCUAACGCCAAAGAGAGAUUACGUAAGAAAAUUAAGAAACUAGAACAGCACAUAGGGCAGUUGGAAACAAAGUUAUCAAAUAAGCAAUAUUUGAGCGAUGUAACAGAGUGGACAAAAAUAUUAGAUGAAGAAAGGUUACAGACUAGAAAGAACGAAUUAGAUGAACUUCGAAGACUGAUUUAAAUAACGCAUUUAGAUAAUGAAUUUGUUGCAAAUUGGGAUCAAUCAGAUCCGAUCUUAAUAC